AGCGGACUUCUCUGCCAGUAGUAGUUGUAGAAGUCCCGGUUGUGGAGUCAAGCGAGAGUGCGAAUAUGUGCGCCUGUGCGUAGCGGUGUGUUUCUGCGAAUGCAUCUCGAGUGCAUCUUACGGCAGAGCGGGAGGGAUAUAUAAGGACGUUUAAAGAGACAAGAUCUCGGCGAUACGAAGACAACGACGACGACGACGGGCGUAGAGGACGACGCGCUAUCAGCGUCUCGGCUAUCGCUGCCGACUCGGCCGGGUUCGCGGAGAAAAGCGACGCGAGAGGGUGAACAGAAGCGUCAGGAGGCUGUGAGAGGCACCGGCGGAGCUGGUGCACGCGAUCAGGAUGCGACCGAGGAGUAACACGGUUACAUCGAUGGUAUAUCAAGAUCCUUGAAAACAGUUUCAUAUCGAGAAUUCUUUUGCUUAAGGACUUCAAAUAUUUAAUUCUAAUAGUACGGAAUAGGAAAGUACAUAACGAAGAAGACACGUGCAGGCGACGAAGGUGGAUUAACGCUAGCUUCGAGGAGCGUCCUGGCAGCAGGAAGAUUGCAUAGAGGGUGAAGGGUAAAAGCAUCUAAGGGCGGGUGGGGGGAUGCAGCUCGAAAGGGUGGCGGCAUGGAGGAGCCCUCGUUGGAGGCUCUCAUGCAGGCGAGCGUUAUCUUCGUGGUCGCCGUCGCCAUCAUUCUCUCGAAUCUGCUCAUUAUCGUCACCUACCUUAACUUCCGCGGUCCCUCCGAGGUGAUAAACUACUACUUGCUAUCACUCGCCUCGGCAGAUCUUCUAUGUGGUCUGUUGGUGGUUCCGCUCUCAGUGUAUCCAGCGCUGGUACGAAGAUGGGUUUACGGAGAUAUCGUGUGCCGACUCGUCGGUUAUUUGGAAGUCACACUUUGGGCGGUAUCGGUAUACACCUUUAUGUGGAUCUCCGUAGAUCGCUAUCUGGCUGUCAGGAAACCAUUGAGAUACGAGACCGUACAGACGAAAACCCGAUGUCAAUGCUGGAUGGUUUUCACGUGGAUCAGCGUGGCGAUGAUGUGCUGCCCGCCCUUGCUCGGCUUCAACAAGCCGAUCUUCGAUCGCGAGGCCUUCAUCUGCAUGCUCGAUUGGGGCAACAUGGCCGCAUACGCCAUCACGCUGUCAAUCCUCGUGUUGGGGCCAUCGGUCAUCACCAUCGUCUAUACGUACUUCUAUAUUUUCUCCAUGAUGAGGCGACUAAAGUCCGGCGUGUUGAUACACGACAAAGAGUAUGCUACUGCACUAUCGGAAAAUCUGAGCAACCCGAGUCACAUUAUGUCCUUCGUCUUAGUGAUGCUUUUCUGCCUAUCAUGGGCACCGUACGCCGGGCUAAGGAUAUACGCGGUCGUUAACGGACCGUCUCAGGUGCCGUUUUUACACUUUGCCGUGGUGUGGCUGGGGGUUACGAACAGCUUUUGGAAAGCGAUCGUCCUUGGUACAAUGAGUCCCCAGUUCCGGUUGGCCGCGCGAGUACUCUGUCUCACUAUAUGCUGCCGGCAUAGGCGACUUCCACCGGAACUUCUUGGCCUCGACGACGACGACUAACGCCACAAUUACUAUGUCUACGUGCAGCAGAGCCUUAUAUUGCGUUCUGUUCUACUCGCAGCGCGUUCUUAGAGCGUCGCUUUUAUCUCUAUUCAAGGAUCGUCCUCGCAUCUUGGCACCACUCGCAAGAUGUUCUCUUAAAACUUCAAGCUCCAACAUAUGAAUCGGUAACGAUCAUAGCUUAUGAAUAUCGCGAUAUUAACUCCUAACUUAGUUGAGAUAAUUUAAAGGAAACAAAAAGUGAUAAAUCAUCAAAAUAAGUAUUAUGUAGAAAAUAGAAAAAAAUUCC